AUGGCCGAUUCAAACUCCUCAGACCCCUCCGCCGGGGGUGCGUCCCUCAACCCAACAGCCGCGUCUUUUACCAUGCCAUCCGCCAGCGACAGCAAUCUUACGAAUGGACACGCUCAGCCUGCACCGAAUGGAGAGGGUCAGUCGAAGGUUACAGUCAAUUCGCAGCCACGGACAGCCGAGUCAGCUGGGAAAGCAACAGACCCAAACGUGGCGGAGGCUGGUGCCGGGGCCAAAUUGACUGGUGCACAGUUGAAGAAACAGAAAGCAGCAGAAAAGGCAGCAAGGAGGGCAGAGAAGGUGGCUGAAAAGGGAGCGCAAGCCCAGGUCCCAGCCCAGACCCAAGGCGGGCCAGGGCCGUCAGGAACGAAAGUGGAAAUACCGAGACGGCCGUCCACGACCAAGAGAGAAAGCGACUCGGUUCCUCAGCUUAGAAGGACUCCUUCUGGCUCAAGAACUUUACCCAUACGUGUAGGCUCCCAACAACAGCAGCAGCAGCAGACUCUCAACUCUGCCCCUCCCGAGAAAGAGAAGCACCAUGAACCCAAGAAGGUUGGAAUGUUCUCGCAUCUCUACCCGAAAGAGAAAAGGGCAACUCUUGCAGGAGCUGGAAGGGAAAUCCAUCCGGCCGUCCUGGCGCUUGGUCUACAGCUACGAGACUACGUGAUAUGUGGUGGAAACGCUCGUUGUGUGGCCACAUUGCUUGCUUUCAAGAAGGUCAUACAGACAUAUACGACUCCUUCCGGUGUCGCUCUAUCCAGACACUUGCUCACUCAUCUGAACCAUCAAAUCGCGUAUCUGCGCAACGCUCGACCUCUCAGUACGAGUCAAGGCAACAGUAUUCGAUGGUUGAAGAACCUCAUCUCGACGCAGCCGGUCGAAGCAGCGGACAGCGAGGCCAAACAAAGCCUUUGCGAGGCUAUCGACCUGUACAUUCGCGAACGAAUCACGCUGGCGGACGAAGUCAUUGCGCGCGAAGCCACUGAGCGCAUCGAGGACGGCGACGUCAUCCUCACGUAUGCGAAGAGUAGUAUUGUGGAGAAGACGCUCAUCAAUGCCCAUCGACAGGGCAAGAAGUUCAAAGUCAUCGUGGUCGAUUCGCGGCCUAUGUUCGAGGGCAAAAACCAUGCGAGAAGCCUGAUCCGAGCAGGUUUGAGAGUGCAAUACGCCCUGCUCACCGCGAUUGCAGACAUUGUGGAUCAGGAAGCUGUCACAAAAUGCUUUCUCGGCGCUUCGGCAAUGCUGGGCAAUGGAAAGCUGUUGUCGCGCGUCGGUUCCGCCAUGGUCGCCAUGAUGGCUAAGGAGUGUUCGAAGAACAAGAGUCGAAAUGUCCCUGUCAUUGUGCUGUGCGAGACAGUCAAGUUCAGCGCGAAGGCUGUCCUGGACAGUAUCAUCUUGAACGAGCUGGGUGAUGCCGACGCUCUGGUUGACUCUGCCCAACCCGAGGUCUUCUCCUCGACGAAUCUUUCUGGUCCUGGUGCAGCGGCGGCGGCAUCGAAAGGCAGCAGUAAGAAGUCCGGCUCCAAGGAUAAAGACACAACAGGGAAAGCAGGCAGUAAGAAACCCGGCGGCAAGGAUAAAGAUGAUGAUGACCCAGACGAUAAAGGGGACUUCUCAAAUGCUGGGUUGGAGGCCUGGCAGGAUCAGCCAGGACUGUUCCUCUUGAACAUCAUGUACGAUGUCACACCGGCCGACUAUCUCGAUCUGGUGAUAUGUGAGCUUGGAAGUCUACCGCCUGAGGCGGUUCCUGUGGUUAAUGGCGUGCACGGAGACGACCAAGCUAUUGCAUGA